GGGUUACCUAGGACACCGCGUACAUACGAGGAGGGCCGCGUUUGCGGGCGACACUUCCGUCGCAGUCGUGUCCUCGGUAACGACGUUGACGUUGGCCAUGCACGUCGACGUUCGCGUCGCGACGUCCUACCCGAGGUAGCGCCGAGUGACAGUUCCCCCGAGUGCAUGAAGCUGAUCUGCGAGGGCGAGUUGAGGAUGUGAACGCUGUCGAGGACUCGUCGGGAGGAGCGUCGGAACGUCGUGAGAUGUCAGCGUGAGCGGGCAUUUGAGAAACGUAACAACGACCCGUCACCCCGUGACUCGGCAGGCCGGCAUGCUCCUACGUCGUCCUCCGGACUGAGCUUCCUGGUACGUGAGUCAGGAUCGCCGGAACCGCCGUGCGGCCCGGUGGCCUCGUGUGGCGAGGAUGAGCGCCAAGAUAUCGGCGGCUAGCCGCGACAGCGCGGCACAGUCAACGGUGAGCCAUCGUGCCGCGAGAUCGUCGCCCAUCAAGAGACCGCUGUCGCCGGAGGCCACUGGCAUUACAGAGAGAUCGCCGAAGCGUGCAGCCGUUUUGGAGCUGAAAUCGUCCUCGAACGGAACUUCCGGCCGAUCGUCACCUGAAGAAGUCAGCGAGAUGCCAGUCUUAACGAGAGUUUGCUCCCCUGUGACAUUGCCGAGGCUCAAGAGAUUCCGAUUUCGGCCCAUCGAUGCGCCGACCGCAGGCCCGUGCCACGACGUAAGCACCAUCGACGUGAACUCCAACAACCACCACCAUCAUCACCACGGACACAACCAGCACGAUUAUCGGCCCCAAGACCGAAUUCCAUCGUCCUCCUCGAUGUCUACCUUGCUAUGCUGCGAGCCAGUAUCGGCUGGCCGGCCUCGGGCCAAUCUGAAGCUCGUGCUGAAUCGCAGCCUGAGCGAGCCAGGACCGAGUCCCUGCGUUUUCCCAGCACCACUGACUACCUCGCCGAUCGCCGUUAACAAUAAUAACAGCAACAGCAAUCCCACCGAACCGCCCACGAUCGUGAUCAGCGAGGAGGCGAGCGGCGACGACAAAGACGACGUCCACUGUCGUGGCUUCCAUCAUCUUCACUACCAUCACCAUCAUCAUCACCACCAUCUUCACCACCUUCACCAUCAUCAGCACCUGUCGGUGACCACGAAACGCUGCAAACUGGAGACUGCCAGCCUACCUACAAGCCCCUGCGCCGAGAACGGCCUUCAUCGUCAGCUAGUGCUAAGCAAGACCCGCGUCAUCACCGCCGGCGACCUCGCCCAACAUCUCGCGCAUCUCGAUGACCGGCCCUCCGCCGUUCCGCCAGUGAUUCUGGAUUGCAGACCGUUUAUUCUGUACAACGUCAAUCAUGUACGCGGUGCCAUCAACGUCAACUGCUCGGAUCGCUUUAACCGACGCAGACUCCAACUCGGGAAGGCUACUCUCGCCGAUCUCGCAACCGCUCGCGAGGGCAAAGAGCUGCUCAGGAAGAGACAGUUCAAGGAAGUCAUAGUGUACGACGAUUGCACCGAUAACCUGGAACAUCUGCCCGCCCAGCACCCUCUGUUUCUGGUACUUGUUGCUCUUGUCGACGAUGAUCUGGAACCAGCUGUGCUGAUCGGUGGACACCGGGAAUUUCAUAGGCGGCACCGAGAGCUGUGCGAAGACACGCUUCUGCCGAACGGCGCCGCCGCCGCCGCCGGCGCCGCCGUUGUCGCCGAUCCGACGACGACGGUGAGCGGCUGCACGAGUCCUGGACCGGGUUGUCCCGUGCUCAGUAUCUCCGGCCCGCCAACCCCGCAGCCGGCCGACAUCGACAGCCACCCGGCGUCCCGCGUGCUGCCGUUCUUGUACCUUGGUAACGGCAGGGACGCUGCCGAUCUGCAGCUACUGCGCGCCCUCGGCGCCACCCGAGUGCUGAACGUCACCUCGCAGCUGCCUGGCUAUCACGAGGAGCGGGGUAUCACGUACAGGCAGAUACCAGCCUCGGAUUCCGGUCAUCAAAACCUCAAGCAGUACUUCGAAGAGGCGUUCGAUUUCAUCGAGGAAGCGCGGAAGGCCGGAAGCAGCGUGCUGGUGCACUGUCAAGCUGGUGUGUCGCGCAGCGCAACAAUCGCGAUUGCUUACAUAAUGCGGCACAAAGGCCUGUCGAUGGUGGAGGCGUACAAACUGGUGAAGAACGCGCGUCCGAUCAUCAGCCCGAACCUGAACUUCAUGGGUCAGCUGUUGGAGCUCGAACAGGGCCUGCGGGCGUCCGGUGACGUCGCCAUCUCCGCGCCGGAGGAGCCCACGACGGCGACAGCGACGUCUACGACGGCGACGACGACGACAACGUCGACGACGACGACUACGACGGGUAGUUGUCACCAGUGCAGGUGGAGUCAUCAGCCCAGCAGCGAGGAGGUAGUCACCUCCGGCUGCAGCGUCUGAGAUCGGGCUCCCCUCUCGUGUAUCUUUUUCUCCUGGUCUCUUUCGAGAGUACCGGAUCGUCGGCGACGGCGUCGGUGCGUCGCGAGGACGCAAACAUAUCCCGAGAGAUCAUUGAGAGCAAAUGUCGACGUCCUUCCUGGGUCUCUUUGCGACAAACCUGAACGAUGAAUGAACGUAAUUCGCAGUAUUGGAUCGCCGACCGUAUGUGAAGAUAUCGGAUUCAACCGUAGGAAGAUUUUUUACAGACACGAACAAUAAUGCCGUCGGCAUCCUUUCUUAAAAUUCCGGAACGCGGAUCUGCGGAAUUUUCAGUUUUCCCAAACUUUACGUCGCACGAUGAAAUUGUCGCGUUUUUCAUCUCAGGCUCUUCAGCCUAAAAAUUAUUGGCUCUUAAUUUUUUUUUCUAGAACUAGUACGUCUUUUUCCCCCGGAUUCCGUGCCUUCGGGACGACCAUUGAAUUAAAAAUGGUUAAGUCAAACUGCCGAACUGACAAAUCGUGACUUAUUAAGGGACUCGAAAGGACACAAAUGUGUGAAGGAGGCACGUCGUAUUUUUACAAAAGAUGAUUUAUCUCUUUAUAUUAUUAUUCCCUAUUAGAGUGCCACGUACCAAAAUUAGUCAUAUGUUCUACAUGCAAAAAUAAAUCAGCUUGAAGCGAAUGCGAUGUACCUUCUUCAUAUGUAUAUCCAAGAAAAAGAGACAAUUACAGGGAGAUUCUCUACAGAGAGAGAGAGAGAGAGAGAGAGAGAGAGAGAGAGACGUAAAAUGGCAGGGAGCGAUAUUUUCACGUGAGAUGAAUUUGAGCACGCUCGCUUCCAGCUUCGAUAACGAGCAGUAGUGCGUCGCGAUUAUUUAUUUUUCGAAUGACGUUCGCGCGAAUAUAACUUGUACUUACGACACACAAUGUUCCAUAAUACGCCUGGUCGAGUCAAUAGGGAGGCAAGUGAAACGUGCAAAAUGUGCUCGCCUACGAGCUUCUCAUUAAACGGUUGAUUGUCGUCCGGUAUUGUUUAUGCAAGAGAAAGGAAGAUGCGAAAUGGGCGGAAGUGACUGUUCCAAUGAUUAAUUAUAGGCAGUUUAUAACGUGAAAAGAAACUCGGAACAAAAUGUUGAAAAUUUGUUCUCAUAGUUUCAAAGGUUGAUGAAUGAUGUUGAUCAUGAGAGAUCCAUGAAUCUCUAUUUGUGAAAUAUUAUUUAACAUUAGACAUAUAUAUACAUUUCGCAAUUUGAAUAUUGCAUUAAUAUAAAAGUUAAAUAAUACGUACAUGAAUUGUUCAUAAAUUAGUAGGACUGUUUUUAUAACAUUAUCUUUAAACUUCAAAGCUACAAUCUAUAUUAACAUGAGAGAGGCAGUUUAAAUCAAUACAGUGUACAUAAAAGAGUAAAUUAAAAGUGGUGAAAUCUUAAAUCUUCCUACUAGGCAUAACUUUUUUUCAACCAGUAAAAUGCGCGCUUGCCUCUCAAUUGACUUCCUGCAAAUCGGGCAUGAAUUUUUAGUAGAAUUAUUUUCUGUACGAAGAAGAUAAUCAUCGAUUCAACAUGUCCGGGGUGUCACGAGAACAAAAAUAUCGAGAUUCUAGUUUCUCAACUAAAAUGCAAUGAUAGAGUCUCAUCUCAGGUAAUUCUUUUUUCAGUACAAUGUACUUUUUAUUAAGUCGAGUUAAUGAGAGCAGUGAAAAUUUAAUUUUCUUUGUGGGAUCGAUAAACUUUAAACAAAUAGAUUACAAAAAUUGUACGGAAGAUUUUGGUUCAGAAAUCUCUUUCGAUGUAGAAACAAUAGAGAGAACUGUUACGUAUUUUUAUAAUAUUACAGCUGGCAUUUUAUUUUUCAGCUGGCAUUUUAUUUUGUGUAGACAAACGGAUUAUUUUGCGUUAUUUCCAAAAAUUUUUAUUUAGAAUGAAAUGUGUGUUUAAUAAAAAAUGAAACGCACGCGAUUAUGAGCGAAAAAGCAGACUUUUUUUUAGAACACGCAGCUCUGCUACUGAUACAAUAUUGUCCACAGUAUUUGCCUACUUGCAAGAAUUAAACUUUUAAGUUGCAAUAAUACUGUAAAUUGCUGUGCAAGAUUAUAUUAUAGAUGAAUGAGGCAGCAGCAUUGCACAAAAUUUGUUAUGUUGCAAUCUUUCAAAGAAAAAAACGUUUCGCCAAUUUUUCCACGCUGUAUGGAUAUUUUCUCUAAGAUGAGAAUUUUGGUCUCAGAAGUCUUUUUAUCUGGUAGGAUCAACUAAUAAGUCAAUGGUUUAUUAUUUCUUUUUAUUCAAAAAUAAAAUAUGAUGGUUUAUAUUUUUUAUUUUAUAAUAAAAUACGUUUUUUUUAAUACUUAGAAUAAAGGUUGUGAAUUCUAUGGUAGAGGCAAACAUUUACGAGCUAUCUUGUAUUUCUUCUCUCGAGACACCCUGUACAUCAGCAUCACGGAAUGUUAAUUUAAUGGUGAGUCUUCUAUGGAAGAAAGGAACUGUUCAUUAAAUAAAAUUGAAACGAUCGUUAAUUAAUUAAUACAUCCAGAUAAAUUUCAAAACGAUGGUGAAAGAGAGGGAAAAGAGAGCGCUAAGAAGAGAAGAACAUGGGUACAAUAAAGCUAAUUGAUCGAGACUAUAUUGAUCGAGAGCGAGGGAGUUCGCCUGUUCGCAUUUCGCGAUUGCGGUUGAUAUUUGAUAAAGAAGAAAUAAUAAUAUAUCGUUCACUGAAAACAUAGCUUAGUUCGUUAAGCUCCCUUAGCAUUUAAGGAUCUGGUUGAGGUCCAACCAUCGUGAUCUAGUCGUUUGUUGGGAUACGUACGAUGCGAAUGAGGCGAGACACGAAGCGCGAAGAUGCUCUUGUAGUUUACGAUAACGAGGAGAGAGUAAUGACCAUAAUUGCGCGGAACGCAUGUAAUUAUUAGAUGAUAAGACGCAAGGAAUUCUUUCGUGAGGAUAGAAAUCGGAGAAUUAGUUCUAGUUGGAUUUGUACAUAAGCGUUCCCAUGCACAUUCAUCCAGACAAAUCGCUCUUUAAUGAUACGACCAAACAUGCGACGCAAGCGAGUAUUUCAAAGCAAAGAUGCGUCAGCUUUUACAGCUCGGUUUGCAGUAUAAAAGAGAAUUGCACCGCCGUGCAGACAACAAUCUCGCGGUUCGGCCAACGAAAUAUCACACGGUUGCGAUGGCGCCUUGUUUAACGAUUUAAUUACACAGCCGACAAUAAUUUCGUGAUGAAGCUAAUAUCGCGAAUCGCGGGAGAAGAGUUGCCAACGACGGAAGGAAUGAAGAGAGAGAACCAAGUUCCUUAGAGAUUUUGUCUACGACGAAUUCGGUUAAUUAAUUUCAAUCUUGAAACAAAAAACGGUACAUAUCAGCGAAGCGUUGCCUUGCGAUAGACGACAGAGAACUGAAAAAAAUAGUCGUAGAGAGGCGCACGGUGUAGACAAUUAAACGAUUUAAACAAUUAGUUACCUUGCCAGCGAUCGAGAGCAAAGAAAAGAGGGUCGAUAUAAAAGCGUAGUACCUGUUGCAUCACAAAGUGUGUAUGUGUUUUAUCGAGACACUGGCAAUAACUAGUACGACGACUUGCGAUAAAUCACGAUCUUUCAUUAAUCAAAUCACAGCAGCGUAAUCAAAACGGUUAAUUAAUCAGCCAUCUGGUCUUGUGAGUCUUUGAAACGCAAUUUGUUUCCUCUUGAGGCUCGUUGUAGCAAACGGAUGGGACUGGAAACAAAUUAGAUUUUCAUUAAAAAAAAAAGCACUUGUUAAUACCUCUAAUUAUUUUGUCAAUCUAUCUAUUGGAGGAAAGCUCGAAAUAUAACUUUUAAAAUCAAUGAGAUUUUUUUUCGUUUCAAUUUGAUUUAAUUUCUAGUUUGUAAAUACAUUCAUUUUUCUUUUUUAUUACAUAUCUUAUUUACUCUUAAUUUUACUUAAAUUUUAUUUAGUCUUUUAAAUAUAGUUGACAAUUUUGCAUUAAUUAUUAAUUAAAAUUGUCUUCUCGGAAAAUGGUUUUAGAAAUGAUUUAAUAUGUCAGUUUCGAAAAAUAGUUUUAUACGAUUAAAUAAAUACGUUUGUGCGUGUGAACGAUCAAACUGGCAAUCAUUUAUAGCACGUCGUCGUAUCUGCUUAUUGUUAAUAAAGGAUGCGUGCGAAGGGUUGCUUGCCCUUUCGAGAUGUUUGCGCCUUUUGGAAAUAUCUUCUUGCGAACCAAUCGAUAUAUUUCUCUUUAAACGCGACAUGAAGUAUUUUAACGAAGUUUUAUACAACGUUUUGGAAAAAUUACGUCGUAAAGCUUUACUGAUCGAACUAUUCCCGGGGGUCUUUUAGCGGGAUAAGCGCGAUAAUGAGAUGGAUAAUGGAAACGGAUUCCCCGAAAGAUCGAAGCGUACAUUUCGAAAGGAUGAGAGCGAAGAGCGGACGUAUGAGAAAAUCGGGACGGAUUUGAAGAUAAGAGAGACCCCAAAUGUAUGAUCGGAUCCCAACGAUUUGUAAUGUACAGCUACGUAGUGUUUAGGAAAACAUUAGCGUAAAGAUGUAAACUAUAUUGCGUAUGUGCGUGCAAGUAUUGUAUUAUAUUAAAAAUUUAUUUAGUUAUUUUAUGAAUAAAAAUGCAAACUCUUUUUGCCGGUUCA